GAUGCGCGUGAAGAGGGGCAGAAAGGAGAUUUGAUGAAAGAACCUAAAGAAGGGGAAGGUGUUUCUCGUGAUAGUGAGUUGGGGUCUUCGCGUGUUCGUUCUUCCACUGCUGCUGAGGUACAAGUUGCUGGUCUGGGUUCCAACCCGGUGGGGUCAAAAACUCCUGAUCAGUUAAAAGAAAAUCAGCAAGUGGAGCAACUCGAGAAACAAAUAACUGGGAAUCAGAACCCAGCGGGAAAAGGAGAAAUCACCACCUCAUCUCAUACUUCAGGGAUAAAUGGUCAGGGUGAUCCUAGACCCCUUGACGCAUCCCCUCCUGCAGAGUCAGGUAGAGGAUCAGUCGGAAGAGAUGGACAUAAUGGAAAGACCCCAACAGUCUCUGAAGAAGAAUCACUAAAAAGCGAUCGUGCUGCUCAACAAGAAACGCAAUUGGGUGGACAACCACAGGAUGGCACAAAUACGCAAGUUACACCAAAUGAAGAGACCCCAGCCACUAAAGUAUCAGGUACUACUGAUGGGAAUCAGAUUUCUGAUAAUGCACCUCAGAAUACCCCUGAGACUUCUUUAAACGAUUUAGCCACUCCGAAUGCUGCUGAAUCUGGAGCUCAACAAAAUGAAUCAACAAGUACCCAAAGCGGUAAUGUGGGAAGUACAGAAUCAACCACUACUACGACCACCACCACCACAACAACAACAACAACACUUCCUCCUGAGUCUGCAAACAGCAAGAAGAAUGGUGAUGCAGACAGCAGCAGUAUCAGCAGUUCUGUGUGGGUGCGUGUACCACUACUGAUUGUGGUUGCACUGGCCUGUAUUCUUGUGUGCCGAUUGUGA